AUUUUGGUGAGCAAUGUGCUAUACGAAUUCCAUACAAUGUAGUCCUCUGGGCAACUGGGGCAUGCAGUGGGAAGGGGCCGAUCCAAGGUAAGGCGCUUGUUCUGGCAGUGGAGCGCAACAAGGUACAACAUUGUACGUUGAUUGGCACGCGCCGAAUCUUCUGGAGUUCAGCCGUCGGACGAAAGUUACAGUUUCUCGGCUCUAGGUACGACACUCAAACAGAUGAAUAUUUGUGAAUAUAUUGUACAUACCAAGGUAUAUAAGAGUCUCAUGAAUCGAGAAUCGCUCUCAUCAUGACUGCAAGUACUCGCACUCAAUUCCAGCGCUCACACACCAGAUUGCUCAUACGACAUAUUACCUGACUCCACCUCCAGCAUCUCUACUCUCAAUACCAACACAUCACCAUGGCCGUAUCCAAUGUCUCUAUCGUCUUUGUUCCCGGGUCCUUCGCCACACCCGAUCUCUACAGCAAAGUCAUCGAAGGCGUAGCCGCGAAAGGCUAUGACAUCCACGGACUGCACCUCCCCAGCGUCGGUCCAGCGACCGGACAGGCCCGCGAAGGAUCACUGCCAACCAUGUACGACGACGCGGCCUUCAUCGCCAAAGAAGUCGAAACCCUCGCCGACCAGGGCAAAGCCGUCAUCUUGGUCGGCCACUCGUACGCCGGUAUCCCAAUCACGCAGAGCGUCCAAGGUCUUUCCGUCAAAGAGCGACAGCGGCAAGGCAAGCCAGGCGGAAUCGUCAGACUGGCAUACAUGACCGCGGUUGUGCCUGCGGUCGGCGAAUCAGCCACCGACGUUCUCUUAAAACUGCCAGAAGACCAGAGGCUGGCGUUGGAUGUUGAUGAAUCCGGCUGGAUGACUCAAAAUGACCCGGCCAAGACCGCCAGAACCUGCUUCAACCACUUGUCCCUGGACGAAGGCGUACAUUGGGUGAAGCAGUUCCCGAAACACUCGUCCGCCAGCUUCGCCUCGCCACUGACUUACCCGGGCUACAAGGAUGUUCCGGUCUCAUAUCUGAUCCAUGAGGAGGACCGCUGUCUCACGCCAGACCUCCAGAGGGCCGAGAUCGAGAUGAUCGAGAAGGAAAGCGGUGCCAGGGUCGACGUCACCAGUAUCAAGGCCGAUCACUGUGCCAACAUCUCGGCGCCGCAGCUUGUGGUUGAUUGGAUUGUCAGUGUUGCGGAACAGGUGAAUGCUUAAGGUGGUACCGUGGCCAAACAUCCUCUUACGGAGCGCAGCGAAGUAGUUGAUGUACAGUUUAAUACAAAUUUGUACAUGUUAAGUCGUCUUCUUCAUUUUUGAAAUACCUAGGUAACAUUCUACGCCGAGAUUGAUACAGACCGGUGCGCAAAGCAAUGUGUCUAAAUCUAAUGCGGCACUGUACUGUGAUCUACAGCCUCUA